AAAUCCUCAAUAUAUAGGCGAAAUUCGAGAGAAUUACGAAGAUUAAGCAGGUUAUAUGACUGGCAAAUGGACGACGAUGGCGGUUUACGACCGAUUUUAGAUUAUAGUCAACAACCGCGUCAAAAUUCCCCUCCGAAAACACAGUGCGCUAAUGAUUCGUAUAUUUUAGAGACUAUUUUAAGGAAAUAUAAUCGCCACAGAAUUCCUGGCGAUUCGGUUGGAGUCGUCGUUGAAGUAUGGGUACAAGAAAUAACAACUAUUAGUGAUAUAACAUCUGAUUUUCAGUUGGACAUUUAUAUUAGUGAAAUGUGGUUGGAUCCAGCUUUGGAUUAUUCAUGGAUGUAUCCUUGUAAAUAUAAUUUAUCGCUUAAUAGCGUCCUUCUUGAAAAACUUUGGACUCCAAACUCAUGUUUUAUAAAUUCAAAAACCGCAGAUAUUCAUAGGAGUCCUUUUCCGAAUAUUUUUCUUAUGAUUUAUGCGAACGGAUCGGUUUGGACAAAUUAUCGCCUUAAGCUUCAGGGCCCAUGCGAAAUGGAUUUAACCAGAUUCCCAUUUGAUAAUGUGACAUGCUCUUUAACUUUCGAGAGCUUUAACUACAAUACCGAUGAAGUACAAAUGUCUUGGUCACCACUGGGUGUUGCAAAAAUGCGGGAGAAAAUGGAAUUAGCUGAUUAUGAACUAACUGGCAUCGAGAAUCUUAAAACGACCGAGCCUUACCCUGCCGGAUUUUGGCACGAGUUGACCAUGAAGUUCCAUUUUAAAAGACGAGCUGGUUGGUAUAUUUUGCAGGCAUAUUUGCCAACUUACCUUACGAUAUGUAUAUCUUGGAUCUCUUUUGCACUUGGAUCGAAAGCAAUACCAGCCCGAACAAUGCUCGGCGUUAAUUCUCUUUUAGCGAUGACUUUUCAGUUUGGAAAUAUUAUUAGAAAUUUGCCAAGGGUCAGCUAUGUGAAGGCAAUAGAUGUGUGGAUGUUAAGCUGUAUGACGUUUGUUUUUUGCUCAUUGCUCGAACUUGCCUGGGUUGGCUAUUUAAGUAGGGAAGAGGAUAGCUUUCCUAAACAAACAGCUGAUAAAGCAAAUAAUACUGCUACUUCUAAUAAUUUCGUCGACCUGAAAACAACCACCGUUUAUGAAAACAAUUCUAUAUUUCACAGGAGAGGACAUACAUCUGAAGAAGAGAACGCACUGAUAUGUUUGGCACGUGACAAUGAUUAUGGCUAUAUUCCGCCGGGUUAUGGCUUGAAUGACCAUUUGAAAUCAACCAUGGCCUCUAUAGCAGGCCCAUGUGCUUGUGCAGAGCAAGAAAAAAUUGUUCCUUUACCCACAGCGCCAUCACCUACAGACGCAGCAAAUUUGAUAAGACAGAAGGUUAAUCAAUUUCUUCAAUCACAUAUUUACUUUGCAUUUCAAUGA